CCUGGUCCAAUGGGACCCCCUGGCCUCCCUGGUCCACCUGGCCCUCCAGGGCCCCCCGGGCCUCAAGGGCCAAUAAGACACAGGAGCCACAGAGCACAUCUCCACAUGGGGAAGGAGUCUGUAGGUCACCUUAAUUCAGUCCCAAAUGAUGACACCAUCAGCCAGAAAAUAGUAUCAUGGAAGAUAAACGACUGUGUCAUAAAAUCAGUGCAGAAUCCCAGACAUUUGAUGAAAAUGAGCAGCACGUUUGGAGCAUGGAUGAUGGACACUGCUGCUCACGACAAUGAGAAGAUCUGGGUGGCAGAACAUUUCUCAGGACGUAUCAUAAAGGAGUACAACACUAUCGCAGCGUUCCAGAACAGCAGCAGUGAAUCCAUCGAUGUCCGAAAAUUUUUCCAAGGUUGCGGCCACGCUGUACAUAACGGCUCCGUAUUCUACCACAUCGCUGGAACUUCCAAUAUUGCUAAGUAUGACUGAAGACAGAUCUCCUUGAUAAUACCAUAAUUAUAAGUCAUGAAAUUGAGCCAAAAAUGAAAA